AUGCCCCAGGCCUCGAUUGUGCCCGAUGCCGCGCACGUCUACGUGUUCCCCAUCCUCAGGCAGAUGCCGAGCCACCUUGCCAACAACACCAACAUCCCAUACUUGACCUCCCGCCUCUAUGCGACGACUUCCGCGACGAGGGAUCAGGAGCCACAGGACGGCCCCUCUGCCGGGCAGCAGCAUCAGGCGCAAUCCGAUCCGCAGCAGGCCUUUUCGGCGCCCUUCCACAGCGCGCAGCUCGCGGAGGCUCGCAUCUCCGCCGUCAAGGCAUCCGAGUGGACCUCUGCCAGCCACGAUGACAGCCUGGUCCAGAAGCUUCUACGGACGUACUUUACGUACGACCACCCGUACUACCACAUACUGCACAUGGAUUUGUUUCUGGACGACAUGGUCAACGGGCAAAGGCACUAUUCCUCGCCGUUACUUGUCAAUGCCAUUCUGGCACAGGCCUGCCACGGCCAUGACGACAUCAUAGAUCGGUUCAAGUUCUGGGAUCCCAAUUCGCUGGGCUACCGCUUCCUCGCAGAGGCGAGAAGGCUGUGGGAGCUUGAAGCCGGCCUGCCGCCCAAGAUCACCACGGUGCAGGCGGCGUUUCUGAUCUGCACCAACUACUCUAUCAACGGGCUGGACAGGAUCGGCAACGAAUACCUGAAUCAGGCGUUCGCCAUGGCCCACGAGAUGGGCUUGUUCGGACCCCUGGCCGAGCCCAUUGAUCGAGAUCAACGGAGGGUGUACAGUGUGACUGCUUGGGGCCUGUACACCAUGUCCAGCUUUACCUCGUUUCAUUUCCUCCAGGAACCCAGGUUGCCUGGCCCGCCACAGAUGGCUCUGCCCGCAUGGCACGACACGGCCGACGAGUUCGGGGAGAUCUGGAUGCUGUACCCUCGAGCGCAGUCCCCGAUCCGGACCUACCACGGCCACCUCGUCAGGGCACUCGCCGAGCUGUCCAUGAUCAUGGCCGAGGUGGCCCACAGGUCGUUCGGCGAGGCCAGCAAAGACCAGGGCAAGAUGAGGCUCGAGGAGGCCAUGUGGUACAGAUCGAAGCUGCUCGCGUGGUACCUCAGCCUGCCGCGGCCGCUCACCUCGGGUGAGAUCGUCUUUCCCGCGCAGCUCAAGCUACACAUGCACUAUCAGAACGUCCUCAUCGCCAUCUUCGAGCCCUUCGGCGACAUCCCGGCCGUCGCGCCGCCGCUCUCGACCCCGUUCCCGGAGGCGACGCCCACACUGCACCCGCCCACGCCGUCGCAGAUCCUCGCCGACGCGCGGGCCUGCCUCGAGACGCUCGUGCGGCUGUUCUACUCGCGCCACGGGCUCGCCCUGCCCGACAGUACUGUGGCUCUCUUUCUUCUGCUCGCCGGCAACGGCGCCCUCUCCCGCCUCUCUUCCUCGUCUUCUUCGGAUGAAGAGGACGGUCAAGACAGCGACGACGCGGCCGCGUCGACCAUGGUCCUCUGCGUCAGGGGGUUCCUCACGCAGGGCCGCAACCGGUACCUCCACCAGGCCGUCUUCCACAUGUUCUGCGGGCUCAUGACGCCCGGGCAGCGCCGGAUGGUGCGGCAGGAGGUCGCCGGCGAGGGCGAGGAGGGAGCCGAGGGCGGCGGGCUGGGCGGGGAGUUCGUCGCGCAGUACUUGCGGUCGCAGUGGCCGGUCAACAUUGUCGGCGUGGACCGGGACCCGGCGGGCAAGGAGCUGGACCGGGUGAUCCCUUCCCGUGGGGGAGAUUCUGGGAGAUGA